AUUAGGGCUUAUAGGAAAUAAUUGUCAUGCAUUACAGAACAAGUGCAAAUUACUGUCGAACGUUCCAAACUGGAUCAAACGCGAGGACAAUUGAGUUCAAGGCACGAAAGGGACUCGAAAAAGAAUCACUGCAAGCGAAACAGAGCUUAGAAAAGACUGAAAAGACAAGGAAGGAGCUGUGUGACAAGCUAAAACAUGUGAAACAUGACCUUGAGACGUCCGAAAAGACAAGGCAGGAACUGUGUUAUGAGCUGAAACUAGUGAAACAAGACCUGGAAAAUUCAGAAAAGACCAGGAAGCAACAAUGUGAUGAGCUGAAACAAGAGCUUGAUACUUCGGAAAAGGUGAGACCUUUUACAAAUUGGUUAAACACAAGGCAAAAACUCUGUGAUGAGCUGGAACGAGUGAAAAAAGACCUUGAUAAUUCAGAAAAGAGAAGAAACACAUUCGAAAAAGAUUUACUGCAAGCGAAGCUGGUCACAGAACAAUCUGAAAAGAAAAGGCUGAAACUGUGUGAUGAGCUGGAACAUGUGAAACAAGACCUGGAUCAUUCAGAAAAGACACAGAACCAACUAAGAGAUGAGCUGAAAGGUGUCAAACAAGACCUUUAUCAUUCAGAAAAGACAAGAAAGCAGUUCGAACAAAAGUUACUGAAAGCGAAACAGGACAUAAAGAAUUCUGAAAAGACACAGAAGGAACUGCGUGAUGAGCUGAAACGAGUGAAACAAGACCUAUAUCAUUCAGAAAAGACAAAGAAGAGAUUCGAACAAGAUUUACUAAAAACGAAACCGGGCAUAGAGAAAUCUGUAAAAGAACGAGCGGUUGUCACUGCACAGCUUUCACCCCUGAAAGAAAAUAUCAAGUGGACUCAACCAACUGGAACAGUUGAUGUCAAGAAGAAAUUUGCUUUUAUCAAUUUGAUUUUUACAUUCCCAGAUGGCAUUCAAACGACGCACCAUCCGUCCCCGGGAAAACCGUAUAAAGGCGGCAGGUUCACAGGACACUUGUGUACAGACUCUGAUGGCGAGCUGCUAUGUAGGAUGUUAAAGGCGGCAUUCAAGAAAGGGUUGAUGUUCAACUUUGGAAAGGAAGGAAAAGUUGUCCUGGAUGGCGUCACCUUGUAUAAUAGGCCAUUGUAUGAUUUCAAAGAAUGGAAGACAUACGAUGCAUACACACAGACAUUGAAAGCGCAGCUGUCAGCCAAAGGUAUCACAGAGGCGAAUAUAGAUCAGACGGAGGAUCUAUUCGAGACCUUAAAUGUCAACGGUUCAUGUUUGUUCGAUGCUGCGCCGAGUUCUUAAAUGAGAUGUUAGUGGACUUUGCAGACAAGGGCAUAACAGAGGCAAAUGCAGAACUUUAAUGUGCUUAUAUGUCUGUUGUCCCAGGUCGUCUGUGUUGGAUAUACAUUUUUUUCAAAGAUAUCCUGUUCAAAAAUAAUUAAGCGUAUUGCAAAUGAUAUUUCAUUAGAUCAUUUACUCAAUUUAAGAACAUAAAAUGUGGCUGUUUCAGAGGAUUCAAAUAAUUACGUUUGAUGAUUAUUUUAUUUGUCGAUACUACACGCUCAGAUUUUAACUUUUCCAUAAGAAGAUCAAUAGUAGCUAUAUACCGGAGCGUUUGGCUAAAAGUAGAACAAGCAUGAACCGUGGGUACAAUGUAAAUCAUAUAUAUCAGCAAUAUUGAUGUUCAUACAAUUGUGUUUUUUUUAAGUUUGAAUAUGCUUUGUAAAUCUAAUGAGUUUCCCUGAAUCUUUUAAUCCACUAUGCGUAUUACCCAGCAUAAUAUAGACAAUAGUUGUUCAUUCGUUUGGCUGUUUCAUUGAUGCUCUGUUGUCUGUCCCUCGCUAAGUGUAAGUUAAGCCUUAACCUUUUGCAUUCUAUAUAGGAAUAAAAAAAUUAUCAUGUGUUUCCGGGUCCGAAUAGAAAAAUCCGAACCGUUGACCCGCGCGGAAGCGGGUACAGAGGCUUAUCAAGUUACCGGCCACUAAGCUUGCCCGAAGAUCGGAUUUUCUUUAUCCGGAUAGUUGAAGCAUGAUUUGUAUUUCUUAAAUACCUAUAGAUAUAAAAGUGUUGUAAAUCAGGCUAGAUAACAUCUCUGUCACCAAAAAAAAAAUUGAGCGAUUUUGCUUACUGUGAAAUAAUGACGCGAAGUAAUUUCAGAUUACUGUUGGUCUCAAAUAGUUGACUUUUUUUUUUCCUUUAAGAUUAUAAUUCUUGCGUAAAUAUAUAUUUAAUUUCUUUAUUGAAGACAUAGUGAACUUUUAAUUGACCAUACAAUAACAUAGAUAAGAUAUGGUUCGUAUUAGCGAGUUACUCCUUUGGCAUGGGGUGCCAGAUGGAUAUUUCAAGCAUGGCUGUACUCACCGGAGAUGCCUAUCCGGUGUGCAAAAAUCGUUUUUGAAAUACAUUGAAUAAAUGAUAUUUAUAAUAUAAUAUUUGGUUGUAAUUUUGCUUAUUCUUGAUGUGUGUUGUAUACUAAUAGUACGUCCUUUAAAAGGAUUUGAUAAUUCGUAUGAAUUUAGAAUGUUAUUUUUAGUCAUGUGCAAUGUGUGUGUUUGUUGUUUUGUAUUCAUCUUAAUAUUAAUGGGUGUUACCAAUCAUGAAUAACAAUGCUAUGAUAGUUACCCAUGCAUAAUAUAUAAAUACACACAAACGUAUUGCGCUUGUUAACAUGUCAUGUUUUGAAUGCUCACAUUUAAAAAAAGCUAUAAAUGUUCAUAUAUAUAUAUGGUACAAUGGAAACCUCAGGCUCACGUCACGCAGUCAAUUCCUCAACUUUGGCAUUUUUCAAGGAUCAAUAAUUAACAACAUAAACGCGUCACAAGUCAAUGAAUAGUGUAGUUAACAUUUAUAUUGUAUCAAUUCAUGGUGGGUUAACAUCAGUCUGAUUGUCAGUGAGAACAGGAGAUUGCUUUGGGUUAAGGUCAAAUCUUGAAUGCUUGACCACAAAGACGUAAUCUGACUCAUACAAAAUGUUUCGUUAUCGUAUUUGGUAUUAUAAACUAUAUUGCAUAGCGCUCAACAUUAAUAUGAUAAAUUGAGGAUAAAUGUUGUCUUAAUUGUGAAGUUGAGCGCGCAUCAAAUGCCUCUUAUCCUAGUCGCCUCGCCUUUUACAGGCCGUUCCGACAUGUAAGUAUAAAUAUUUUUAAGUACAUGUAUGGUCGAACAGUGAUGUGUAUACGAUUUAUGUAUCUCGUUUGAAGUGUUUCAGCUUCUAUUAUUUUGCCUCGUAAGACAUUGGUUGUUUAAUUAUAUGACUUCUUGGCUUGACCCUGUAGUUUCCUAUGUAACAUUACAAUUGAUCAAAAUGCAUUUCUUGUUUAGUGUGGCCUGCAGUAGUAAUACACUACAUGCAAAGUUUUGUUGUGUUACGUUACAAAAGAGAUAAAAUCGAAAUGUUUAUACACACUUUCGGAGAUAUUUGUUGAAGAGUUGUUUUAUGUAUAAUUUGUAAAACUUUAUGUCUUGCAGGUAUUAUCGUGUAUAUCACUUUUAAUGUAAUUGCAUACGACAAUUCUCUAGAUACUAUCAAUUAUACAAUCAGAAAGUUUAACUUUUAACGUAUUAUAUCAGCUUUAUCAUCUAGGUCAAGUCAUAAUACUAUAUUAAACGGUUACGUUAGCUAGUGAUAGUAGUAUAUAAAUGCAAGGUAUAUACAUGUAGUAUAUACGUGACAAACUUUGAGAUAAAAAAAAACGCAGAGCUAUGCAGUUUACUACGACAGAAAUCAAUUGGAUAGAGGAUUAAUCUUAUGUUCUUUUAUUGUAUCUAACAUUGUAUUUUAUAUUGUCUUGGAGGCGCUGCAAGUGUCAAUUGCAACUGUAUAAUUUCAUGAUACGGUAUUCAACGCUUGUAGACAUUUCAUAAUAUAAUUAGAAAAAAUGUAGUCAUUGUCAAACUAUGUUUUCGAAAUAAAUGUAUGUCCAUUUUUUUUUGUCCACAAUGUGCUCAAUUAAAUUGUCAACGCAUGUUAUAUUUUAAGGAGAAUGAAUAAUGCAUAACUGUUUUGCUUGAUUUUUUACAUCUUUUUGCCUGUCUGGAAGGUAAGUUUUCAUAUUUGAACCAGACAAAAGACAUACUUAUACCAAUUGUAUAUGGCUUUGUAUAUCAUAGAAAAUAAAAUUACCAUUAGUA